UCAAGCUUUUCAGUCUUCAAAUUACAGGUUCUAACUUCGUGCCAGUACAGUUCAAACCAGCCAAGGCGCAUUGCUUCAGUCACAAUGUGCCAAUCACAGUCAGCCCACCCUCUGCUGUCUCAAGCAGUCUGAGUUACUAUAUCUGUUCCAGCUCUCGGCUGAGCGUGUUGGCAGUAUGACUUUCUAUUCCCUUACACCAAUAAACCGGGUUUGAAUAGUUUUUAGAAGGUAGUAAAGUUUCAGAAGUUAGUUUAGGGCUCGAUCUCCGUCAGGCUGGAGCUAUCGGAUCCCCAAAACUGGUGGAGUGGCGGCAAGUCGAGGAGGAACAACAGGCAACACUCUCGAGGGCCAAAGAUGUCCCGAGAGAACCAGGAUGAGAGCGUGGACCACGCUGACCCCUUCCAGGACGUCUGUGAAGUGGAGUGUCCUGACCAGGAGUGCAGCGAGCACGUCACCAUCAACAUUUCAGGUCUGCGUUUCGAAACGCAACUUAAAACACUCGCAAGAUUCCCGAACACGCUGCUAGGAGACCCGAUUAAAAGGAUGCGGUUCUUCGACCCGUUGAGGAACGAGUUCUUCUUCGACAGAAACAGACCCAGUUUUGAUGCGAUCCUGUAUUACUACCAGUCAGGUGGGAGGCUUCGAAGACCCAUCAACGUGCCGGUUGAGAUUUUUAUCGAUGAAAUCAAAUUUUACGAGAUCGGUGAUGACGCCAUCCAACAUUUCCAAGAGGACGAGGGUUUGCAGAAAGAAGAAGAACGGCCCAUGCCGUCCAGCGAGUUUAAGCGUCAGAUCUGGCUGCUGUUCGAGUAUCCUGACAGCUCAGGACCAGCCAGAAUCAUUGCUAUAAUAUCUGUAAUGAUCAUCUUGAUAUCCAUUGUUAUCUUCUGUCUAGAAACUUUGCCCGAAUUUAGAGAGGAUGAUCGUGUGUUCAAUAACCACCUUGCGCCGAACGGAACGACUUCAGGAACAAAAUCAAGUCUAUUCAUGGAUCCAUUCUUCUUGUUGGAGACGAUCUGCGUCGUUUGGUUUUCCUUCGAACUGUUUGUAAGGUUUCUUACAUGUCCAAGCAAAGCUGCCUUCUUCAAAGACAUAAUGAACACCAUAGAUAUUGUGGCUAUUAUUCCAUAUUUCAUUACUCUAGGUUUAGACCUUUCCGAGGCCGAUUCAAACUCACAACAGAGCACGUCCCUCGCCAUACUGAGAGUUAUCCGCUUGGUUCGCGUCUUCAGGAUUUUCAAACUCUCACGGCACUCCAAGGGUCUCCAAAUUCUCGGUCAGACCCUACGAGCGAGUAUGCGAGAACUCGGACUACUGAUAUUUUUUCUUCUCAUCGGCAUUAUAUUGUUCUCCAGUGCGGUUUACUUCGCCGAGGUGGACGACCCAGAAUCUUCUUUUACUAGCAUCCCUGACGCGUUCUGGUGGGCGGUUGUUACCAUGACUACAGUUGGAUAUGGCGAUAUGUAUCCCGUCACCAUUGGAGGCAAAGUUGUUGGAUCAAUGUGUGCCAUUGCAGGAGUUCUUACAAUCGCCCUGCCGGUACCGGUAAUCGUGUCGAAUUUUAAUUACUUCUAUCACCGAGAACACAACGCAGAUGAGCAGGUGGAGUACACGCACGUGACCUGUGGCCGCCCCUUGCCUUCGCUAUGUGACCGAAAUAAAAGCGACAGUAAACCCUCUCUCGUGAUAUCAGAGCAUUCAAACGACGACGACUGGAAUUCAUCAAGCGUAUCAAAUUUGAAUCCAUCAGAGGAACAUACUGACAAACUCACAGAUGUAUAAGAAAUCCAAAAAGAGCUUUUAUGAUGCAGCAGAUGUAUGAAGGCAUUUCUUCUCUAUAAAGAAGACAGAAGUUCAUAUUAUCUUCGUAAACAUGCAAUAUGUGUGUGCAUUAUGACCUUUUAUGUCCGUUGUUCGUCAGGGAAGGAAAUAUGUUUGUAUUUGAAAGGAAUGUAACAGCAAAGCUGAUACUGUUGACUUUUUUCAUUUACCUAUUUAUGUGCAUAAUGCAAAUACAUACUGUAGCCUAUAUGUGAAAAUAUUAUAGCUUUCAUUGUGACGUAAGUGCGUCAUCAAACCUGAUUGUUGUCAGACAACAGGUAAAGAGAAACUUUCAAAUUUAGCCAAAAUAUCAAUGAAAAACAAAAAAUAAGUGAUUGUAAAAAUGUAUACUCACAGGCUGCCACUGAUUUUGUAAUAUAUUGUAAUAUAUUUGUAAUCUAGAACUUAUUUAAAUAUUUAUAAAUUGAUUUAAGUUUUGUUUAAGCCUUCAUUAUGUCAGUGCCUUAUGAGAUAUUGCUCUUAAAAUAUCUCAAUAAUCUCUGCCUUGUGCUUUCUGUGUGCUUUAAAAAUGCAAGAGUUGUUGUUGGCACAUGUUGCCUUUGCUCAGGAUGAAAUGUAAUUGAAUGGUCUGACACUUGUUUCCUUAACAUUUGUUUUGAUUUGUUAACCUGCCCACAUGACAGCAUCAGACCAAGUGAAUGAACUAUUUUUCUAACUUAUUAAUGAGGUAAGAAUGAACUUAUUUUUGGUAAAUAAAUAAUUUGUCACAUUCAUA